UUGACGUUAAUGUUCACAAGGAACUGGGCCAUAGCUUGGAUAGCACAGUUACUAGGAUCAAACAAUUGAAGUCUUUCCAGCCUAGUGCAAGCAUUUGCAAGCCGAGGGCGACGACAACUUUGUGCAAUCGUGAUGAAACGGGUGGCACAUUACAACAGAGCAUUCGUCCUCUUUCUUCUUUUCAAAGUUGUCGGUUGCUGUGAUCCGGGACAAUUUGAGUGUACUUCGUCUGAGUGUAUCCCGGAUGUGCUAAAAUGUGAUGGAAGCGAAGACUGCGCAGACUCCAGCGACGAAAUCAAUUGUACCAAACGCAGCAUGUGCAGGGUUGACCAGUUCGAGUGCCUGAUUGAGGGAGAUUGUAUUCCUUUGAGCAAGCAUUGUGAUGGGACCUGGGACUGCCAACACGGAACUGACGAGAUGGAUUGCCAAGUGAGCACCGUAGAAGUUUUGAGCACAAUCACCACCGCCAAGCCAGAGUUGAUGGGCAUCUUCCAGACUGCUGAUGGAAAGUCAAGUUCGCAUUACCUAGCUUACGAUAAGGCUCCAGGUACCGAGCUCUACCUUCGAUUCACUGCAACCAAAUGCUCCGGAUAUCUCUUCGAAAUGACAAGCCAGAACUCGAACCAAUUCUUCCUUCUCUCCCUAUCCCAAAAUGGGAAUAUACAAUUCUUAUUCCAGAGCGCGAGGGGUCCCGGUGUGAUUAUCAUCUCCCCGCCACCAGGGAAAUCUUUCUGCGAUGGACGACGCCACAUGUUGAGCUUUCAGCGCUAUCUUCAAGACAUCCGGUACCGGGUAGAUGGAGGCUCACUGACCAAACACCGGGUAGCGGGCUUGCGUGAUCCAUUUCUCCGGCCGGUGAGGGUGCUAACUGGGCGUGGCGUGGAGGGGUGCAUCUCCGGUGUCGAUGUUGUGCUACUCCGCUCUCGUAAUGAGCAGAGGAGGGUGGGCGUGUCCAAAGGCUGUAUCAGAAAAGCGAGAAAGACAACCUUAGCAGCUGGAAUUCAAACGUCGACAACAAGAACUACAAAAACAACAACGACAAUGAGAAGAACGGCAUCAACGUUACCACUGAGCAACCAGUCAAGUUCAACGUCGACGACACCACAGCCUAGCUCCCCCGCCACACCAUCAUCACGUGACCAUCCCACACGUGGGAUGCUUUCAACGCGAGAAUCUGCUCUUACAUAUUCUAAACAAGGCUUUCAUUUUAUGCCAUCGACGCAAGAAUCGCCUGUCACGACAUUCGGGCGCGAUUCAACCCAGGCGUCGUCAGUAACGCAAGGAUCUUCUUUCACGUCAUCAACGCACGAAUCGUCAGUAACGCGAGGAUCUCCUGUCACGCCAUCAAUGCAUGGGUCUUCAGUAACGCAAGGAUCACCUGUCACGCCAUUAACGCGUGACCCCACUCUCACGCAUUCUGUACCAAUAAUAUCUGGGCGUUUGAAAACUUCCAUGAACAAACGAACCAAACCCAAACCUGGCGAGCGCGCGACGGAAAUAAAGUCACCGUCUACUUAUCAAGUAACGACAAUGGUUACUCAUUCACCUCGCGUCACGGAACCGGCUUCCCCGAUAGCUGGAACUAAGCAAGUCACACAUUUAAAGGGUAAAGGCUAUAGUACGCCUAUGGCACGCUCUAGUCUGACGAUAUCAAGACUUCAGGGCACUCAACGGCCAACAAUGGUCAAUAAAAACGAAAUCGAUGAAAACUACGGAGCUACCGGUGUGAGUACUAGUACGAGUGCCGGGAAUUCAAUCAACACUGAGAGACCGCCGAAUGUCACGCAAACCAGUUGCGAGCGUUUAAAGAGCAAAAUAUGCCUUGGGUUUGGAUACAACGAUACCAUCCUACCAAACCACCUUAACCAUAAAUCGCAAGGAGAAGCAAUGAGAGGGAUGCAGCGAUUCUUGCCUUUCAUUCGAGCUAACUGUUCCACCAGCUUGAAGGCAUUAGUUUGCGCCGCUUACUUUCCACGUUGCACUAAGCCACAGUCAUACGCUGCUCCUCCUUGCCGGGAGUUGUGUGAGAGGUCUAGAGACGAGUGCGCGCGGUUGAUGGAUGCGUUCGGGUUUGCAUGGCCGCGUCAACUGCGGUGUGAGGAUCUACCGCGAGACGGAUUGGCCAAGUGUGAGAUGAAUAGAAGUCAGAAAGCUGUUUCUGUACGACCAACACAGGCGUCAACGAGUGAGGAUACAACUACAGUUUCUUCGCCAUCAAUUGUUACUGGACCCGUAACAGAACGUUACUGUGGCACCAUCUACACAGUUCCUGCUGGGUUUAUCGUCUCUCCAAACUAUCCCCAGGACUACCCGUCCAACAGUCACUGCCGCUGGGCUAUCAUGCUCCCGCGAGCGUAUCACGUGAUUGAUAUAGUAAUAGAGAGCUUGUUAUUGGAGGACGAUCGGAACUGUAUGUAUGACUUUGUUGUCAUCAUGGACGGUCUCUACAAUCAAGUAGGACCCAGGUUAUGUGGCACUUUGGCCCAGGCUCGCGCGGUUGCCGUUAAAGGCAACAUGGCGGUGGUAGUGUUUAAGUCUGAUAAUGCGAACAGCAAGGGCGGCUUUCUCAUCAAAUACAGGGCUCAUUCUUACCCUUAGUGUCUCUUGUCACGCAGUGGGGAUGAGGGCGCCAUGGUCACGCAACGCCUUAAUUGUCGUCACGUCACGGUUUCAUAGCGCCUCAUUUUUGGCUGCCACCGUUCACAUCAUUGCCGUCUAUUUCAUGUAACGCUUCAUCGGUGUCCAGCAACGCCUCAUUGUCGUCAGGUCACGGUCACACAGCGUCUCAUUUUUACCUGUCAUGGUCCACAUCAUUGCCGUGUCUGUCAUGCAACGCUUCAUCGGUGUCCAGCAACGCCUUAUUGUCGUCAGGUCACGGUCACACAACAGCUCAGUUUUACCUGUCAUGGUCCACAUUAUUGACGUCUAUGUCAUGCAACGCUUCAUCGGUGUCCAGCAACGCCUCAUUGUCGUCAGGUCACGGUCACACAGCGUCUCAUUUUUACCUGUCGUGGUCCACAUCAUUGCCGUCUAUGUCAUGCAACGCUUCAUCGGUGUCCAGCAACGCCUUAUUGUCGUCAGGUCACGGUCACACAACAGCUCAGUUUUACCUGUCAUGGUCCACAUUAUUGACGUCUAUGUCAUGCAACGCUUCAUCGGUGUCCAGCAACGCCUCAUUGUCGUCAGGUCACGGUCACACAGCGUCUCAUUUUUACCUGUCGUGGUCCACAUCAUUGCCGUCUAUGUCAUGCAACGCUUCAUCGGUGUCCAGCAACGCCUUAUUGUCGUCAGGUCACGGUCACACAACAGCUCAGUUUUACCUGUCAUGGUCCACAUUAUUGACGUCUAUGUCAUGCAACGCUUCAUCGGUGUCCAGCAACGCCUCAUUGUCGUCAGGUCACGGUCACACAACAGCUAUUUUUUUUUACCUGUCAUGGUCCACAUCAUUGACGUCUAUGUCAUGCAAUGCUUCAUCGGUGUCCAGCAACGCCUAAUUGUCGUCAGGUCACGGUCACACAACAGCUAUUUUUUUUACCUGCCACCGUCCACAUCAUUGUCGUCUAUGUCAUGCAACGCUUCAUCGGUGUCCAGCAACGCCCCAUUGUCGUCAAGUCAUGUGUUACGAUCUCGGUGUCGUUACAAGCAUUAGUUAGUGUGUUAGGUUUGCGGGCUGACGCCUUCUAUGACGUAAGAUUUUUUUUAUAAUCGUGAAUCUUCGUUUUAGUGGAACCGCCUUCACGAUAGUGUCUCACUCUAAUUCUAAUGCUUCAUGAAUAAAAAUGCUAUAGCAUUGCUAAA